GACUUUGUCCGAGCUAUCCUCGUUACAUGCUUGUACCAGCAACCAUAUCCGAUAAAGACCUCGAAGCUGUAGCAAGCUUUCGUUACUCUCGACGCAUUCCCACAGUCGUUUGGAGACACAGGGAUAAUGGAGCAGUGAUUGCUCGAAGCAGCCAGCCGGAAGUUGGCUGGCUGGGCUGGCGCAGCAACCAAGAUGAAAAGCUUCUUCAGGCCAUUAUUGAUGCCUGCAUAUGUGAUCCUGGAUCUUCGCAUGACACAGCUGAUCCCAAUCCCUGUGAUACUUCCAAGUCUACUGGAGAAGGGGAUUGUGAAGAGAUCUCAUUGUUACCUCAUCUAACCAAUGGUAAGAAUUUUUCUGUUUUUUUUGUUUUAGUUCCACAACUCUGUGUUUGUUCUGUGGGUGUACA